AGUGAGCAGGGCGAUCUCUGUUACUGUUGUGCAGAAACACCGAGCGCUCAGUGCAAAGAGGACAAGUUGAUUAAGAUCUACGCAGGUCAUGCAUGUGGCACAAUGAGAAUCCUGCUCAAGAAAGUGCUCUUUGCAUUGUGUGCGCUGAAUGCUUUAGCCACAGCUGUGUGUCUGGUUGCUGCUGCGCUCAGAUAUCUCCAGAUCUUCUCAACCAGACGGCCCUGCAUGAUAUUUCUAAGCCCUGGUCUCGUGAUUAUGAUGGUCUUUGGCAGGAAGAGGCUAGACCUGUCCCAGAGGAAGUGGAUGAGCAGACUCAUCUUCCUGACCCAGACGAAUUUGUAGCCCCUGCACCUCCUCCUUCAUACUUCUCCACCUUCUACUCUUACACCCCUCGUCUGGCUCGGAGGAUGUUUGGUGACGGUAUGAUACCUCUUCCUCAUAUAUACGGUGCCCGAAUUAAAGGAGUGGAGGUGUUCUGUCCUCUAGACCCUCCUCCACCUUAUGAAGCUGUUGCACCGCAGCCAGAUGCUCAGGCCCAGAAUACCGAGGUGCAAAUGACCGAUCUAACCGAGGUCCUCACAGAGAGUGCAGAGAUGGAGACGCCCAGUGACGACCGGAGCUGUCAGACGGCCAUAUUGAGCCCCACCCCCCCGAUAGAGUCCUCACCACAGCCUCACAGCACAGUCUCCAACAGCCGGAAACCCCACAGACAUCGCCUCCGCAGGUCCAACAGCGACCCCAUCCUGCUAGACCUGACCGCCAAAGUAAUGAGUUGCGAAGCCGCUACACAGACAGAAUUGGGCCCGGCGUCAGCGACAGGAGCAGAGCAAGGGACGGUUACGCUACGACGGGGCCGUGGCAAACGGAAGCCUCGUCCCAACUCCAUGGUAGACUACCAGAACUAUAGAGACACAAAACUGCUGGUGGCACGUUUUCUGGAGCAGUCCUCAUGCAGCUUGACCCCGGAGGUACAGGAGCUGGUCAACAGCAUCAAAACUGUGCUGCGCUCUGAUGAGGAACACAUGGAGGAGGCCGUUCGCUGUGCCAGCUUCAUCGACCAGGCCAUCACAGUUUCGGAGGUUGCACCAGCUCAAUCGGCGCAGACGCUGCCGCUGCGCAAACGUCCGGGCGUCCUUCACCUGCGCAGCUGUGGCGAUCUCAGCUCCUUCACCUGCGCAGAGCUCACAGGCACCCGUUCUCGGACUAAUUCCAGGAUGAGUUCUCGGGCAGGAUCCCGCCGCCUGGAACAGGAACGCCCACACAGCCUUAUAGGAGUCUUCCGUGAAACUGUCCUCUGAGCGACGUCUCAAACUGACUGGAUAUGCACGGAAAGCGAGGAAAAUGACUCUGUGCCAGUCGGAUGAAGGUAUGGUGAACACCACAACGUGACGGAAGCUAAGCUUUGUAAAGAGUACAGAUGAUUUCACUUCAUUUUCUGUUUUUGUUUGUCAGUGUGUAUACUGAAUAUUAUUAAUUUUUAAUUUUACAGUUGGAAGUCCAGCUGUUGCUUGUUUUUAUUUUUUCACAUUAUAAUACUACACUGGGGGAAAAAACAAUGUUUAUUUACCAAAUGUCCAUGCUCCUUAUUUAAAAAUGAUUUAAAAAUACACUAUGUGAAAAAUACAAUUAAGAGAAACAUUCAAAUAGUUUGGCUAUAUUUAGCUUAUGUGAUGUGGAGAAUUACUAAAUUAAAUCAGCAUAUUGUGAGGUAGAGAAUGAAUUUGAAGCUUUUUUUACAUUUUAUUUUUAUUUGACCAUUCUGGACAGUAUUAUUAUUUCGGUCAUACUUUAGUUUAGGGUUCAGUUCUCACUAUUAACUAUGACUUUUGCCUCAGUAACCUCCUAAUUACUGUUUAUUAAUAGUAAGGAAGUUGUUAAGUUUAGGUAUUGGGUAGGAUUAAGGGGAUAAGACAUUAAAAUGUGGUUUACAAGUACUAAUAAACGGCCAAUAUCCUAGUAACAUGCAUGCUAAUAAGCAAAAAUAGGUAAUAGAGAGAAUUGGACCAUAAACUAAAAUGUAAUGAGAUGUUCUCAGAUAUGUAUUGUGCACUAUUACUGAAUAUGAAGGAGUCUCAUCUGAAUUGUAUGGGUGAAACAUGCUAUCCAAACUCCUGAAUUAAACGUUUAAAAUCAUC